UACCAGCUGUCAAUAGAAAUACUUCACGUGCCUCUCUUCAUCUUCAGCAUCCUCGGCAUCGUAACCAACAGCAUCAACAUCAGGGUUUUCGUCAGGCAGGGCGUCACGUCAGACAGCGUCACCAUCUGCCUGUUCGCGCUGUCCAUCUCCGACCUGCUGGGCUGUGCCUUCAUGCUGCCGCAGCCCGUGUGUUUUUACCUGCAGCACCGGAUCGACAGCGCGUCCACGCUGAUACGGAACUGUCUGACCUUCACGACGAUGACCACGACCUACCCCCACCUGAUCUGCAAUAAAAUCACGUGUCUGAUCACCGUCUACCUGUCGGUGGAGAGGGCGCUGUGUGUUCUCGCGCCGCUCAAGGUGAAAACGCUCAUCAAAACAAAAAACACGGCGUUCGUUAUGGUGGCGAUCUACGUUUUCAUGGUGACCGCGCACACGCCGUACGCGGCCAGCACGUACCUUGCGUGGAUCCCGGACACGUCGAGCAUCGGGACCCUCAAAGCUGUCGUGUUGAGCACGUCGCUGGGUCGGGUCUUUUUCAUGCUCAACAACAUCUUCAUCACCAUCGGACUCACCAAUAUCGCCAUGUUCACAGUCACCAUAUCAACCGCUGCCAUGAUCAUGCGUCUGAACGCGUUGGUGAAAUGGCGGGCGGUCGCCACAAACCGGGGAGGAGAACGUCACUCUGUUCCGGAUUCAGCUGUAGAUACCAAGAUUGUAGGACAAUCAAAACCGCUUUCGGCCAGAAAUCUGGAGAUCAGUAAGACGGUGACGGCCAUAACCUCCGUUUACCUGGCCAGUUUGUUAUGCACACACGUCCCCGCAUUGGCAACUUUCGCCGUGCCGGGAAUGAGCUCGUCUGAUUACAACAGCAACCUGUUC